AUGAGGAAGAACCACCACAAGAGGGUUUAUCGACCAUCGACUGCUGCUACCUGUCCUGCAGAUGUUACUGCUCCUGAUGGAACUUCUUGUGGUGGUUCUUCCUCAUUGGCUUGCGCUUCAGGCCAAAGUACUUCUCGUGAUCUCCAAUGCAAAAGUAUUAUGGGGUCAUACACCACAGGAAACGAUACAUAUGCCUGUUCAUCCUCUGGUUGUCAAAUCUCUUGUGCUUCUCCCGAAUUCGGCCCAAAUGUUUGUUACUCUAUGCAACAAAACUUCCUCGAUGGUACACCUUGUCAAGGUGGUGGCAGAUGUUCAAAUGGUGGCUGCGAAGGAGCAUCCGUCGGUAAAGAAAUCACCUCCUGGAUUGAAGAACAUAGAAAUCUCGUUAUCGGUGUCGCUUGUGCGGUUGGAGCGCUUAUCAUCUUUGCAUUACUCAGUUGUAUCGUGGGUAGUAUAAGAAGGAGAAGAGCAAUUAGAUUAGCAAAGGAAAGAGCAAUGAAUCAACAAGGUUGGCCUCAGGGUCCAAACAUGUGGCCAGCUCCUCCUAUGACUGGUGGAAGAAGAGGAAUGGGUGCACCGGGUCCCAGUGGAGGGAAUUGGGUCGAUGGAAGGUGGAGACAAGAACCGCCGGGGGGUUGGCAACCUAGUGUUAGAUAUGCUUGA